AUGACCUCCGCCGACGACGACGAGGCCGAGCGGCGGCGUCGCGCCCGCGCGCUGCUGAACGCCACCACCCCCGGCCGCAGCCUCGCCGUGGGGCGCUGCAACCUGGCGCUCGACACGUUCCGGAACGACCGCGAGGGCGGCGGCUGCGGCGGCGGCGGCCUGAGGGAGGUGCGCGCGCUCCUCGGCGACGCGCUCUUCUGCAGCAACGUGCACCACCCCACCAUCUACCGCGCCUCGAUCAGCAUGGAGGUGGAGGCCGGCGCCGACGCCCGCGGCGUCCGGGAGCUCUUCGAGGGCUGGCGCAUCUGGUACCUCCGCGGCGCCCGCGCCGCCAAGAACAGGGACGACGACGGCGAGGAGGAGGAGAGGUGGUCCGUGGCCCACCCUGUCCACCCUGUAGCUCCGCCAGUGCGGCCGAGCCAGGACGAGGGCGGCUUCUGGUGCCACUACAUCGACUUCGAGCUACGACACGGGACCGAUGCCAGCGCGCGGUGCGUCGAGGAGCGCGCCGUGGCGGCGUGCCCGCGCGACCCGGCUGUGCACGCCAAGUACGCCAAGGCGGAGCUGUGCUUGGGGUGCCCCAGUCGCGCCACCGCCGUGCUCUUGAGCGCCCUCGACGCCUUUGCCGCGGACGUCGGAACACGGGAGUGGCUGGAGAAGGAGGUGACCGCGUACAACGACUCCAUGCGCCACGGGAGCUGGGGGAGGCUUCGCGGCCUCUUGCCGUCAUUGUGCCGCCGCCGGGUCCGGCCGGCACCGGGCUACGAGCUACUCGCCGUGGCGUGA